AGUAUUAUGUGUUGAUCCUGAACUUUGGGUUGGUUGGUUUUUUACAUUUUCAUUUGUAGAACUGAGCAUAUUUGCUUUCUAAAGUGGUAACAGUGAAAAGGAGGAGAAUGAGGAUGGCUCAUUUAAAUGACUGUCCACCUCAGCAGCAGAAUUAAACCAACUCUGUUUGAGUGCCCAGUUUUGAAUCUUCACGCCAUGUUUCCACUGUAGUGCAUGAGCCCGUGAUUCUGAAGAGUGCCCAGUCGUCAUGGCUCAUACUACUAUUUAUGUGGGUUGCACUGUUCCUCAGUUACUGAAAGGUGCUAGCAGAAUUUUUCCUUCUCAUUCUGCAUUGGGAGUGUUGAGGCACUCUGCUUUUUAUUACUGCACAGUGAACGGCACAAUAAAGUCAAAAAGGAAAAUGGAUCAUCUAGAGAGGACAGCAAAUAAUUUUCGCCAGGAGGUAAUUACACAAGCAAAAGUGUGUGGAAUCACCAAUGAAUCGGAGACAGUCAAAAGACUUCGUUUGGCUAUUGCAAAUAAGGAUUUUACGUUCAAAGCAGGACAAUGGGUUGAUUUCUUUAUUCCUGGAAUAUCUGUAGUUGGGGGAUUCUCAAUAUGUUCAAGCCCUGGCCUCUUAGAACGAGAAGGAAUACUAGAGCUGGCAGUAAAGCACACUGUUCAUCCUCCUGCUCACUGGAUUCACACUGAGUGUACUCUUGACUCAGAAGUGGCUCUGCGAGUGGGAGGUGAUUUCUUCUUUGAUCCUCAGCCUGGUGACUCCCCAGUAAACCUAGUGCUGAUAGCAGGGGGUGUUGGAAUUAACCCAUUGUUUUCUAUACUGCUGCAUAUAGCAGAUCUUCAUGGAUACCAAGAGGGUAAAGGAAAUGGACACAAAUUGGGAACAGUGAAGCUGUACUACAGUGCAAAAAAUACAAGUGAACUCUUAUAUAAGAAAAAUAUUCUUGAUUUGAUGAACACGUUUCCUGGAAAGAUCACAUGUUGUUUCCAUGUUACUCAACAGCGUUCACAGAUCUGUAAAGAACUUCAGCCACAUGUUACAGAGGGAAGAAUAUCCGAAAAGGAUCUAGAAAAACACGUAUCUAACAAUACUUCGUGGUACAUCUGUGGUCCACCUCCAAUGAUAGAAUCCAUAUCCAAACUAUUGUCUAACAUUGGUGUUCCUGGAAACCGUGUUUUCUUUGAGAAAUGGUGGUAGUGACACCUGCUGAAGAGAAAAUAUAUUAUUUUUUCCAGCUAAAAUGUACAGAAAUGGACUAUGAAUUAUUUGGAAGAUUUUACUUCAUAGAUGAAGAUGUCCUCAAUUGUUACAGUGUUCCUUUUAAUUUAACUGUAAUAUAUCUGUAAUGCAGUGCUCAUGCUUUGGGGAAAUAAAGUGAUUUUGUAUUAAAGACAUUAACUGUUA